GAUAAUUUUGAACAAAAAUGGCGUCUCUCUGAGUUGUCCUUUUCCCACUGACAAUAUUUCAAAUAAUUUUACAAUUUACAGUACUCAGAUUGCAAUUUUUAUUUACGUAUCAUGCCGAAUUUAUUUACACUUCGUAUUACGUUAAUAGAGACUGUAACAAAUUGUUAGAUAGGUUUAAAAUACGAUGAUGUCGCCACUUGGGCGAGGCGUUUUUCCUGUAUUUCCACGACAAUGUUCCAACAAUAACGCGUCCCGGCAUAGUAUUUGCGCGUUUUAGUGCAAGAUAUAGGUUUAAAGUGCAAAAAUGGACAAGAAAAGUAAAAAGAAAGUAGUUAUUAAGCGAAAAAGUGAUGAACCUUUAGAGAGUGAAAAGAAGGGCAAAAUGGUGAAAGUUGAAGUAGACAAGGAUAAGGUAGAGGUAGUAAAUCAGGUUGUGGAGGUACCUGCGGAGCAGGGACAACAGAUAGUGCACACAGGACAACUGGUGGAAGGCAAUUUUGAACAACCGGUCUUUGUCAACAUGAAAGGAGAACCAGUACAAUUAGGUCCAAAUACAGUAAUACUGUAUGAACAAAGUGGGAACCCUUCGAACUUUGCAUUUGGCAGCAUGUGGACCAUGGACCCCUCAGGACGGAUAGUGAUGGCGGAGACAAUAUAUGAUGUCAAGGGAGAACCCGAGGAGGAAGGCAGCACAUAUGUUCAGAACACAACUGAAGUUAACAAUCAACAAGUAGAUGAGCAAGGCAACACAUACCAGCAGUACGAGCUGAGCAAUAAUGCUCAAGUUGAAGGACAGCAGGAAUAUGAAGUGGCUAUAAUUGAGAACCCAUCUACAGAGACAGCCAACAGAGAGAAUGACCCUCAAGUGAUCACUACCGAGGAGCAGUUGGUAGCGACUGGCGCGGGCGCAGUGCGCUGGCUCAAUCAAAAAUAUGACUUCGUCGUUAGGAAAUUACAGCUUAAUUACGAUGCUGAACUACAUAUAUGAAUACAUUCUUUCUACAUCUGUGUAAAACUGUGCAUCCAGUGUGUUUACCUGACUACUCCGAGCAUGCAGUUAGCCUUCAACGCGGUGCCACAGUUCCUAUGCAUUGAGACCGGUAUAGAGUUCAACAGCAAUAUACCGGUGGUAAGCGGCACGGGCAACACAAGCGUGAAACACAACGUUACUCUGUUCCUGGCUGAAGACGGUAACGGCAAGUCGGUCAUCGUGAGUGCUGGUAUAUCAACCCUGAUCGGCGAGGAGGUGUCGUGGCUUCUAGAAACUUUCAAGUCGUGUAACCCGGCGUGGAGACAAGUGAGGUGCGUCGUAGCGGACCCCACGCGAUCACACCAGGCGUGUCGGACGGCGUUCCCGGGCGCGCACGUGAGCAGCUCGGUGUGGCAAGCGGCGCGGGCCGGGGCCCGGGCCUGCGGGGACGCGGCGCGGCGCGAGGGGCCGGGGGCGGCGCCCGGGCCCGCGCUCGCGGCCGCGGACGUCGCCGCGCGCUGCAAGACAUACGCGCUGGCGCUGCUGCGGGGCGAGCACACGCCCGCGCAGCUGCAGGUGUUAAAACGGGGCAUAAUAGGCACCGGUGCGGGCACUCUCCGACUGUGGGACGUACUCACGAGGCCGGGAGGCGCCGUCUCCAAACUAGACUCGUGGCUCGAGCCCGACAACUACACCAAUAUACUGCAUAAGGGUCUGGAGAGGCUGGUGGCGAAGUUCCACUCGAUGGUGCGUGACUUCAUGCAACCAGACGAGUUUGUGUCCUUAUUCUUCAACAUAGCUAACCAAUUGGAGGACGAGAGGAGAAAUUUCGCCAUCAGCAGGCUCAGGGACACAGAGACGCUGAAACAGUCGCCGACGGACACAAUAACACAAUACGCUUACAACCUAAUGAGUCAUCAGACAAAGUUGGCACAGAAAUGUCUCGACGACAAAGGCGGCAGGCGCCACAGUAGCUCAGCUAUAUGUAAAUAUGGUACCUCAACCCAGGAGUGCUCAUGCCUCUUCAGCAAAGUGUUCAGACUGCCCUGCAGACAUAUCCUCAUGCUCACCACAGAACUCAAGGUAAAAACUCACAUACCGUUCGAGCCACGGUGGACGGUGCAGCACUGUUUGUUCGGCUGCGAUUCCAACACGCCGGCCACUAGCACACCAGCUACCGCUUCUGCAGGGAGCGGAGGCGGCAGUGGAUUCAUGGAGCAAGUGGUGGUGGAGACGACCGACGGCCACCGACAGACCAUACAGCAGCCGCAGCAAAUACACCAGGUGAGCGGAGUUCGACCACAGCAGUACGUGUUGGCGGCGCCGGGACAACCGGCAACCCCUGUUUCCCAGGUGAUAUUCUGCGGUGGCAGCGUAGGAUCUGUGGGUUCGGUGGGGUCUGUGGGCAGUGUGGCGUCCGUGGGCGGUGCACCCGUCAUCACCUCGGUACUGCCGGCCGGCGGAGCCGUACUCACCCCUCAUCACGCCCUACACCAGUAGACCCAUGGUACGACUGCCCAAGACCUAUAUCAUCUACUUUGAUGGUAACCAACACCAAUGGUCAACCACCAAGUAACACAUCUAUAGUCAUACCAUCAGAAGACCCGUGGUACGACUACCCAACAUCUAUAUCAUCUAAUUUGGUGGAACCCAACUUUAAUGGUCAACAUUCGAGUGAUACAUACACGAAUAAGUACAUAAUCUUGGAUUGACAACGCAAUCUAAGCAGAGCUUGUAUAUUUUUCUGAAAUACAAAAAUAAUAUACGUAUAAAAGACUAACGCCAAUGGUCAACCACCGAGUGAUAGAUCUGUAGUCGCUAUAUAGUGACAAAAAACUCAUGUACCCAUAUCAAUGAUGCGUACGUAAUCUUGGAGUGACAGCGCCAUCUAGUCCAAAUAUAAGGAAAGUUUGUAUGUUUUUCUAAAAUACAAAAGUAAUAUACAAAUCUGAUCAAAUCUAAAAAUCUUUAUUCAUAAAGGUCUUAUACAGACUCUUAUGAUGUCAAAAACAACCGUUAGUUCAGAGAGCAUACGAGCUAAGAUGAACUGACAAGAAACUCAACCCUUAUUCUUUUUCAAAUGUGCUUGCUUGUACAUGUUUACAAAAAUGCAGAUUCAUUGUUGAAUUCAAAUUAGAGAGAACAAAGUGACCACCAGUAUAUGCUAUUGCAAUUUUGUCAAACGAAAUAGUUUUAUCAUUAACCAGAACAGAUCAGUCUUCACAAACAGCACCCAUUCGCGAGUAUGACGGAUAAGCCAGCCAUCAUUACACUCGACCAUAUGCUCAUGAAUAUUAUACAAUUUUUUAUUAUACUGGGAUUGAAUCCAUAACCUGGUGUAAGGUAAUAAGGAAACCCACUGAACCAGUGAAAUCAGUUGAGUCGACGUUAACUGCUGGCGAAAGUAAAUAAUAACAGUAAGAAAGAGUUAAAUUGUCAACUGAGAAUUGGGUAAUGCAUUAAAACACACCAUAACACAUGGUCUCCAUAAAUUAUUGGCAAUUUAAUUAAAGGUAACCAUGAUCGUAUAAUUACUCAAAAGAGUGUUUAUUUAGAGAAAUUGAAUGAAUGGACUAGAAAUAAUACUGAUAUUUAUUUAAAUACUCUACAUUUCAUGAAAACCACAGACAACUGUGCUCACUGGACACUGAAAUAUACGGUUCUAAAAAGCAAAAUACCGCACAUAACAGUCGGAGACCAAUAAGUGACAAACAAUAAUUGGAUACUGUUAUAAUAUUUCAAUACAUCUGAAUAAUCAUCCGGCGUGAAGGACCAUACAAAAAUUGGUCCUUCGAGCCGAUUCCAAGAUAUGAGAAAACCUAUUGUAGAUAAUAAAUUAAAUGCAGAACUAUUUACUGCCCUUAUUUAAUUGGAAGAGAAAUGAAAUGUUGCCACUAUCAAAUAGCCAGAAUGUGCAUAUUAGUGUUGCAAAUUUGUAAAUUAUGUUCGUCUAUUUUGAUGUUAUAUAUAGAAAAAUGUUUUUCUUUCAUAUGAGAAUCAGGUUUGAAUGUAUGAUUUUUUUUUAAAAACGAUGGCAACACUGAUGCUGAAACGUUCUCCCAUAUCCAUUUUAUAAAGCAAUUGAUGUAGGCUAUUAGAAUUUAAGAUUUGUAAAUACUUUAGUCGUAUUUAAUAAAUUUUGUU